GUAUAUGUCAGAUGAGUUUGUGUAUAAGGGACUACCUAACACCCACCUCAGUGAGAGCUAUGAUGAGACCAUGGUGAUUGAAGAAACUGUAGAGAUGGUGGAAAUAGACUCUGAACAACAAACAUUUGAAUUUGAUGGAAGUCAGGUGGAGCUUGUAGAGAUACCUCUACCUGAGGAAGGUGAAGGACAGCCUGUUACCUUGGAAACAGUAGAGUUUACAGAAAUUGACAUACCAGAAGAUGGUGGGGAAGUUCUUGUUGCUGAGGGAGAAACAUACGUUGUUACUGACACAGCAGAGGGUGACCCAGAUAUACCACUGGAAGAAGAGACCGUUAUAGAAGAUGCCCCUCAAACUGAGAUAGUGGAGGUUAGCAUGGCAGAUACUGGUAGUGAAGCAGUUGGGAUAACUACAAGGUCCCGUAGCAAAAUCACUGAUGAUAUCAGAAGUAAUUCUAGUGACCAGUCUGAUUCCAGAACUGAGACACAGUCUGGGCAGCCAGAUGGGAAAAGGAAGAGAAAAAGAACUUCAAGCCAGUCUAGCACAGGGGAACCAGUCUCAAAGAAACAAACCAGUCAAACAGAAGGGAGGCAACUUAGACACAAGGAAAGCAGAAGACCAGACUCCAGGACACGCAGCAGUUAUAGCACAGAUGACCUGUACAAACCACGUCACUCAUUUUCUCGCAAGUCUGCCUCCUCACCUCCGCCCUUACCAAGUGGGCCUCCACCUCCCCCCUCGGAGCCAGAGCCAUCACUUCCCCCUCUACCUCCAUUACCACCCCCACCAGCAGAAUCUCCAGUUGGUGAAAAAGAUAAUGAACUCCCACAAGCACCAGAAUCUCCAGACGCUUCAGACUCUGACAUUUCAUCUAAAGGUAGUAUAAAAGAUAGCAGAAAAAGGAAGAGGCACUCAAGGUCAAAGUCAAGGUCAUCAAAAAGAAGUAAAAGGUCAGGGUCAAAAUCUGAUGGAUCAGUGUCGUCAUCAUCAAGAAAGAGGUCAGGAUCUUACUCAAGUAGAUCUUCAUAUUCAAGAAAACGGUCAAAAUCAAGUCGAAGUCGAUCAAAGUCAUUAUCUUCAAUAAGCAGUGAAUCUAGGUCAAGGUCAAGGUCUAGUAGGUCAUACAGCAGGUCCAGAUCAAGAAGUAGGACAAGUUCCGGAUCAAGGUCUGUUUCCAGAUCAAGGUCGAGGUCAAUAUCGUCAGUGUCUUCAAAACGUUCAGCAUAUUCUGAUGAUUCUGAGGAGCGACGUAGAAAGGCGAGACCAUUGGAUGAGGUCAACUUUGGUGAGGCAGCAAAGAGAGCAAGACAGAACAUUAUAAUGCCUCCUUUUGGGAUGAGGGGUCCAGGCCCAAUGGGACCUAGACCGCCUAUGGUACCGAUGGGGCCUAGAGGUCCUAUGGUUCCAGGACCAUUUCCAAUGCGGGGAAUGCCACCAAUGAUCCGAGGACCAAGGGGCAUGGUGAGAGGACGGUACCCGUCUCCUAGACACAUUGGGCCAGAUGGUUCCCCGCUCCGACCCCCUGUGGGUUCUCCAGGCAAACCUUAUUAUCCACCAGGCAGACCGAUGUACAUGCCACAGGGACCUGGAUGGGAAGACCCAUUACGACCUAGACCUCCGUAUGAUGAGGAUGAUUACUACCCUCCUGAUGACUUACAUGAAGGACCUGGAAAGACUGGUGUAACAGAGCGUGGAACAUUGUAUAGAGAAGAUAAGAGCCCAACGCCUCCCCCUGAACGUAGGCCUGUGUACACCCCACCACCAGUAUAUCGUGAGAGAUCAAUGUCACCUCCUAUACCUACGGGGAUCACUGAAAGGGGAACGUUGUACAGAGAAGACACUUCACCUUCCCCUCCACCAGUAUAUAGAAGACGUAUAGAAGCCACACCAUCUCCUCCACUGAUGAGACCGAGGCACAGAAUGGAGUCAAUUUCUCCCUCUCCACCUCCGAUGAUGAGGAGACGUACACGCAGCGCACGAAGUGGAUCGUACGAAGCUAUUUCUCCCUCUCCACCACAUCAUCCAGCAAGACGUAUUUCAGUCUCUCCUCCCCCUCAUCCUGCAAGGAGGUUAUCUGUAUCUCCUCCCCCAAUGCAAAGAAACACACCUCCUGUGUUGCGCCGUACUAGAGCUCAGAUCUCUGGAACCCCAUCUCCUCCAUCAUCUGGUGAACUUACUCCAUCUCCUCCAGAUUUAAGGGACAGAUCACACUCCCCUGUUAGUCCAGGACCACUAGGUCCUGUUUCCCCCUUAUCGCCAAGGGGACCAGCGUCACCACUUGACUCAUUGACCCCCUCCCCACCUGACCCUAGAGAGCGAUUAGCACCAGAAUCACCACAGGCUUCUCCGCGUAGAUCAAGGCGUCACAGAGGAAGGGAACCAGCUUCACCUUCUUCCUCCUCUGAGGUUGCCUCACCGCCUAUACUGAGAAGGGGAACCAGGAACAGUUCUUCCUUAGAAGAGGAUCCUGUUCAGUAUGUUACCCGGGAAACAAGGUCACGCCAUGCAAAGAAAUCUUCGAAACGUCCAAAACGAUGAAUUUCUGAGACAUUUCAUCCAAUUGGUAACUGAUACGUUAAUAUAUUAUUGUGUUCAUGAAAACAGACUGGAAACAGAAAGACUGUGAAGUUAAUUGUGUAAUCAUUAAAAUGUUGAUACUUUGCUUCAUCAGACUGACCAGAAUUGCCAAGUGGAAUGAGCUGAAGGAUUGUAGACUUGUGCAUAAUAAACAGAGCCCCUCUGUGUCUCCAGAUAAAACAGGUUUCUAAAACUGGCUGUAGGAUUUUGAUAUUGGUGGCAACAUUUCCACUCAAAUUACCCAAAGUUACUAAAAUUAUGUAUUUUAUGAAAAAAAAGUGUUAAAGAGCCAAGAUGAGUCUGUGAUGCACAAGAUUUGGAGUAGCCCGCUAAAGAUUUUUUUCUAAUCUGGACCAGCUAAGUAGUUGCAUGUGUAUACUAUAUUCUCCCCACUCUGUCUCAUAGCCAGAGAACAGAUACUGAAAAAUAUAGAAACAGUUAUGGAAUUUUGUUGAUGUGUGCUUCAGUGCUUUUGUAUAAAGGUUAUUUUUGCCUAACUUAAUCAUGUUAUAAUUGAAAUGAUUUCUAUAUCUGAAUAUCUAUGUCAUCCAGGAAGACUUUGUUUUCAAGUAGCCUGGAAUAGCUUUAUUGAAAUGAUUGUUACAAAACCACAACAUACGCAUACAUUAUGAAAUAUACAAAAACCAAAUUGACAUUGAAAUACAGCUGAGCUAGUUAAGUGAUGUUUAAAUCAGUACACCAAGUUUAAGUAUGUAUAUUUGAAUGUUUAGGUGAGAGCUUCCUGUUAUUUACAUUUAGCAAUCAUUAUUUCAUAAUAGAUUAAAUUUAUAAAUAAUUCAAAAAUGCAUAUUCAUAAGGUUGUAGAGGUCAAUAAUACAGGCAGGUAGUGUUCCUAAAGAACUGUUUAUUUCUAAGCCAAAUCUGUGUUAAAGCGUCCAGUUAAUAGAGCAACAUAAUCUGGGUGCUUAAGGCAUGUGACUGCAUAAAAUAAAAGUUCAACUUGGAACAAAUAGUACAUGAAAGUUAGUUGACUUGCAGCCUGAAUCAAGUGGCUGUUAAAUAAAGUGGUUGCUAAGGUAUGUUCAUUCCCCGUAAUAAUUUAUGGUCUAUAUUAAAUUUUGUGUCGAUCUUGGUAAAUAUUCUUUUGCUUCAAAUGUCUGGUCUGGAAGACAAACAACAGUGUCUCAGACAUUUCACUUUUAUCUCAGAAAGGAACAUUGUUAAUUAUAUAAUUAUAAAAAUAGUAAAUCUUUUAUCUACAGGAUGUAAAGUCUACUCUAGUGUUCCAUCUCGAUCUAAAAUGCAUGUCAGUCUAAAUGUUUUAUAGCUGAUGACAAAGUAUUUGCCAAGAAAAAAAAAGAGAACAUGUUUGAGGACUUAAAACAAGUAUAUGUUAUAACAGUUACCUGUUUUUAUGGGGAAGUACACAAAAUAUAAGAAUACAUAUAUCUAGGGUGAUUUGGAAUCCCAGAAAAUGAUUCCAUAUUGCCUUUUUCGUGGAGGACAAGGAAAUUUAGAUAUGAAGAAAAUUAAACAAUAUUUCCUUAAUCAGAUAAUAUCUUUUUGAUAUAAUUUAAUAGUCUCCUCGAGAAUAUAAUUAUAGUAACAAAAUUGUACACGUUGAAGCAUAAGUGUUAUCUUUAUUUUCUGAAAAUUGGUUUGGAAUACCAAAGUACACUGUAAGCUUUAAAUGCAGGAUUAAUGUAUUGCUGAUCAUGAACUAAUUUACUAGACUAAAAGUUAUUUCACUCAAAUUAUAUGUUCAGGUAAAUUGAUAAAUGAAAAAUAAGAAGUCUGCAAAAAUGGCACAUUUAUGAUAAAUUCAUUCAAAACCAAAUUUUCAUUGGAUGUGAUGUAAUAGAUUUUCACCAGAACUCGGUUUACGUCUGGUUUUUCCAAGAUUAUUACACGUACUGUGGAUACAAACAAACCAUUCUAUAAAUACAUUGCGCUAUGUAGCAUUGAAAUAUGUUGAAAUAUGUCAAAAUAUUAAACCCACACACUUGUAAACACAAAUUCAACCUUAUACAUGACAUUAAUGUAUCUGUCUUUUUAGUAUAAAUAGUGUCAGUUUGGCUCGUUAAUUCCAAGAAAUAUUUGAUUUAUUAAAAAUGGUUAAACUUUGAUAGUUUAUGUAACGAAUCUGCGAUAUUUGUACCUACACUGAUUUGGGAAAACCCAAUUCCAGAUAACGACUAUUCUUGAUGCAGUUUAAGGCGGAUGUUGCCAUUUAGGGAUAGAGACAAAAUGUAAAUUUCAGUUCAGUAGUUAUUAGAAAAGUAAAUCCAUGGCAGUGAUUGUUGAAUUUGUUACAGUUGUUUGAUUUAUGUAUAAUUAUUAUUGAAUUUCCAUGUAUACUUUGUAAAAUAUAAAAUGAAAUUACCAGCA